CACAAUCCAAAACAAAAAACCCAAUUAAAUCAGCUUCAAACAUGGAAGACGCCACCGCUUCACGGCAGCAGCAGCAGCAGCAGCAGGGCGAGGCCGCGGAGCAGCCGGUUCGGUCGCGGUGGACGCCGAAGCCGGAGCAAAUCCUGAUCCUGGAGACCAUCUUCAACAGCGGCAUGGUCAACCCUCCCAAAGACGAGACCGUCCGCAUCCGGAAGCUUCUAGAGAAGUUCGGCUCCGUCGCCGACGCCAACGUCUUCUACUGGUUCCAGAACCGCCGCUCCCGCUCCCGCCGCCGCCAGCGCCAGGUCCAGGCCUCCCUCUCCGCCGCCGACCACCCCUCCGAAAUCCGCUACGACCACACCUUCUCCCCCAAUCCCCUCUCCUACCCCAUGCCCAAUUCGGGCUCCUCCUCCUCCUCAUCGUCCUCUUUCGGGCUCGAGGGUCAUAAUUCGGGCUGUGGUAUCGGGUUGUCGGGUUACCCCGGGCUUAUGCAGGAUUUUGAGCAAAGCCCCAUUUUCUGCCACUCACAAAAUCAAUCUCUUGUUGUUGGUGGUGGUGCAGAAAUGAUGACGGUGUUCGUGAACGGGGUGGCGACGGAGGUGGGGAGAGGGCCGGUGGAUGUGAAAGCGAUGUUUGGGGGGGAUUUUGUGGUGUAUCAUUCGUCGGGAUUGGCGGUGGAGAUGAACGAAUACGGAAUUGUGAUGCAGGGUUUACAGCACGGUGAAAGCUACUUUCUGGUAAAUUCUUAG